AUGUACACCAUCACCAAGGGGCCCAGCAAGCUGGUCGCGCAGCGCCGCACAGGUCCCUCGCAGCAGCAGGUGGAGAGCAGGCUCGGCGAGCUCCUGAAAUGCCGGCAGCCCGCGCCGCCGACCCCAUCGCCCCCGCGGGCGCAGCCGCCGGGACCCUGGCCCCUGUCGAGCCCGGGGCCAAGGCUCGUGUUCAAUCGGGUGAAUGGCCGGCGGCCCCCCGUCACAUCUCCAUCCCUUGAGGGGACCCAAGAGACCUAUACACUGGCCCAUGAGGAAAACGUCCGAUUUGUGUCUGAAGCGUGGCAGCAAGUGGAGCGGCAGCUGGGUGGUGGCCCAGCUGGUGAGAGUGGGCCCAGGCCCGUGCAGUAUGUGGAGAAGACCCCCAACCCCCGGCUGCAGAACUUCGUGCCCAUUGACCUGGACGAGUGGUGGGCGCAGCAGUUCCUGGCCAGAAUCACUAACUGCUCCUAGCCACCUUGGAAGGAACCGCUCCCCUGCAGGGCCCAAAUGAGCCUCAUGGUGGACCCCUGCCAGGAGAGGACCACGGCGCCCUGAUGAACUGCUGAGGCGGACCAUGCUCCACCCUGAGCCCGGCCAGGCGCCGGCCACACCUGAAGUGCCAGCAUUUGGACUUUUGCACCUGCUGACCCCUUGGCCCGGCUGUCCCAUGCUGCCAGGGGCUGAAACUGUCUGACCUCAAUCCUGCUCACUGUGCCCAGGGACCAGCCCCUAGGGCUGGCAGGGAGGAGC